CUCGCCGGCCCCCACAGCGGCGACGUCAGCUUCCCCGGUGGGCGGCGGGACCCGGCGGACGGGGACGCGGUGGCCACGGCUCUGCGGGAGACGCGGGAGGAGCUGGGGGUGGCGGUGGCACCCAGCAGCGUCUGGGGACAGCUUCGGACACUGCCCGACCGGCACGGAAUGACUGUGGCACCCGUUGUGGCCAACCUGGGGCCGCUGGAGGCCUUGACACUGAACCCCAACCCUGACGAGGUGGAGGAGGUGUUCACCCUGCCCCUGGCUCACCUGCUCCGCGAGGAGAACCAGGGCUACACCAACUUCCGUACGGCCAGUGGCUACGGAUACACCUUGCCUGUAUUCCUCAACGGCCCCCACAAGGUGUGGGGGCUCACAGCCAUCGUCACCGAGCUGACCCUGGAGCUGCUGGUGCCUGGCCGCUACCGCAGGAAGACCCACGUGCCUCCCAGGAAAGCCCCGGCCUGAGUAGGGAGCAGCACGGGGAGGCUGUGGGGUCCCGUGCCUCGGUUCUCCACCCGUGCACGGGGGACACGGCUCUGAGCCCAGCACUGAUGUCGCACACUGUGAUUCAGUAAAAGCCAUGUUUGGAACUGC